UUAAUAAUGCUGGCGUGGGUCUGGUGGGGCCGGUUGAGGCUCUCAGUCUGGACGAGAUGAAGCAGGUGUUCGAGACCAAUUUCUUCGGCGUUGUGCGCAUGUUUAAAGAGGUGAUGCCCGACAUGAAGAGGAGACGCUCUGGACACAUCAUGGUCAUCAGCAGCGUGCUGGGCCUGCAUGGUGUGGCGUUCAAUGACGUUUACUCCGCGUCAAAGUUCGCCACGGAGGGACUGUGUGAGGGACUCGCCAUCCAGCUGCUCCAGUUUAACGUCAAGGUGUCGAUGAUCGAGCCCGGGCCUGUAAACACUGAGUUUGAGCUGAAGCUGAUGACAGAAGUCUCGAAGAAAGAGUUCGCGGGUGCUGAUCCAGAGACGCUCCAUCACUUCAGGACCUGCUACCUGCCCACACAAAUCAACCUCUUUAAAGCCCUGGGACAAACACCUGAAGACAUCGCCAAGGUCAGAACACAUGAAGUCAUACCCGUUCACAACAAGAACCAGAACUAG